AUGCAUAGAAGAAGAGAGGAUAAUAGAAGAGAAGACAAUAGAAGAGUCGACAGAAGAGAUGAUAAUCGAAGAGAUGGCAACAGAAGAGAUGACAACAGAAGACGUAAAUCACGGUCUCGGUCUCCACAAGAGCGUUAUGGCUAUAGAAAAAGAGAAAGAGACCCAUUUCCUAAAAGAAACAAAAGAAGAUACUCAUCAUCAAGCUUAAGCAGCACUGACUCCGAAUACUUGCAGACAGCUUCAUGAAUGGUAGGAAGGUCAAGAACUCGCUCUCCUCACCCGUGGCUGAAGCAGCUUGCAGGGUCAACUGCACCAAAGAAAGAUCAAGAUUCUGAACUUGUAUGGGAUGGCUUUCAAUGGGUCACAAGAUCAAAUAUGAGCACUGCCAAUAUCAACCAAGUUAUUGAAGCAAAUAGAAGAGCGAGACGACUAGGACUUUCCAAUGUUCCGUUUGAGUAUAAUUUGAAUGAGAAUGAUAUUAAAGACUACCUGAAUAAAAAAAUGAAUGAAUUUCGCCUGAACGAUCAAGGAAAUCAAAAUCCAGUCCUCAAGGUUUGGAUUGAUGAAGACCAGCCCAAUGCUUGCAUUGCGGAAUUCUCAUCACAAGAAGAAGCCACAAAAGCACUAAGACUGGAUGGAAUUAAAAUGCUGGGAAGACCACUGAAGGUAGCGAAACAGGAAGAAAUUGAAGGAAAUGAAGCUCUUGGACAGACACUUGGGAUCAACCAAAGCGUUCUUAGUAAGCAUGAUGAUAUUAGCACCAGUGCAAAGGCUGCUGCAACUGCAGUGGCUGCAAUACAAGAUAUUCAAGGAAACUCGAGAAAUGAUUUUGUUGUGCACCAUGAUUAUGUAAAACCCAAAUGCAGGGUGCUCAAAAUUUGUGACUUUUUGGACCCGAAACAAACUAAAAAACUGCCUGAAAGCGAGUUCAGAGAUAUGGAGGCAGAUAUGAAGGCCGAAUUUGAGACUUAUGGGACGGUGAAUUAUUGCACAAUGGUGAGGCCUUACAAAGCCAAGAUGGGUGCUGAAGCUGGAUGCGUGCUGAUUGAAUUUGCUACACCUGAGUCAGCAGAGACAGCAAGGAUUAAGAUGAUCGGAAAGAAGUUCGAUAAGAAAGAUAUCAGAAUUUUAGAGGUUCCUGAUGAUGUUUUCAAUGACCUGAAAGUUUAA